CCCAAAAAACCACUCGUCCUCUGCCCGGCUUCUGCAUCCUCGAGCUAUGCCACCGCGUCGUCCUCCUCGCCGACGGCGCUGUUCACCACCACGGCUCCCAGCAGUCUCGUCGUCGCUCCGUCGCAGCUCCGGGAGUUUCGCCGCGAGGGGUGAGGCGGCGGUCACGGCCUCGGACUCGGCCUCGGCAUCCGCAGGGCUUCUUGCGGUGGGCGCGUGGCAGCGGGCGAUGUUGACGACCAAGGGGAGGAGCAUGCGGAGCAAGGUGGAGAAGCAGAUGGCGAGGGAGACCGGCCGCACGCAGCGGGAGCUCCGCCGCGCCGUCAAGCUCAGGAAGAAGCUCAUGACCGAGGACGAGAAGCUCAUCUACAGCCUGCGAAGGGUAAGGGGAGGAAGAAGAGCACACAGGAGAUGGCUCGGGAGUAGCAGCCGGCCAGCUCCAAAGGCCGAACAUGGUUCUGCACCACAGGAUUGCCCAGCGAUGUAGUGAUCGAGGUGGGCGACAUGACCUUCCAUCUCCACAAGUUCCCGCGAAUGUCGAGAAGCAAGAAGCUUCACGACCUCAUCAUGAACAAGGAAUCACGUGAGGCCUAGUCGAGAGGAGGAGGCGAAGAAGAGCAAGAAGAGGAUGCAGGGGAGAUCAGAGAGGAAGAAGUGGUUCUAGAGGAGGAUGAGGAGGCGGACGUGCACCGCAUCCGCCUGCCGGAGUUCCCCAGCGGCGCGGAGGCGUUCGAGCUGGCAGCCAAGUUCUGCAAUGGCGUCAAGCUCGACCGGCCGCGCCGCCGAGCCUCAGCAUGUCCAACGAAGAUGAAUGUGUACAGGUGCAAAGACAAAUGUCAGCUUGUUAGAGUAUAAGGGUGAGAUACAGAGAGUCUCUUGCAGAAUGAGAAAAUUUAGAGACAAAAUCUUGGAGAAUGAGAAAA